GAAGAAGCCCGCGCCCGGCGCCCCGCGCCCCACGCCGGUCCUUGCCGCGCUUGCCCGGGCCGCCCGGAGCCCCGAUGAGCCCAGAUGGCCGGAGCCCAACCCGGAGUGCACGCCUUGCAACUCAAGCCCGUGUGCGUGUCCGACAGCCUGAAGAAGGGCACCAAAUUCGUCAAGUGGGAUGAUGAUUCCACUAUUGUUACUCCAAUUAUUUUGAGGACUGACCCUCAGGGAUUUUUCUUUUACUGGACAGAUCAAAAUAAGGAGACGGAGCUGUUAGACCUCAGCCUUGUCAAGGAUGCCAGAUGUGGGAAACACGCCAAAGCUCCCAAGGACCCCAAGUUACGUGAACUUUUGGAUGUGGGGAACAUCGGACGCCUGGAACAUCGCAUGAUAACAGUGGUGUAUGGGCCGGACUUGGUUAACAUCUCCCAUUUGAAUCUCGUGGCUUUUCAAGAAGAAGUGGCCAAGGAAUGGACAAAUGAGGUUUUCAGUUUGGCAACAAACCUGCUGGCCCAAAACAUGUCCAGGAAUGCAUUUCUGGAAAAAGCCUAUACUAAACUUAAGCUGCAAGUCACUCCAGAAGGGCGCAUUCCUCUCAAAAAUGUGUACCGCUUGUUUUCAGCUGACCGGAAGCGGGUGGAAACUGCGUUAGAGGCUUGUAGUCUUCCAUCAUCAAGGAAUGAUUCAAUACCUCAAGAGGACUUCACUCCGGAACUGUACAGAGUUUUCCUGAACAACCUUUGCCCUCGACCUGAAAUUGAUAACAUCUUUUCUGAAUUUGGUGCCAAAAGUAAACCAUACCUUACCGUUGAUCAGAUGAUGGAUUUUAUCAACCUUAAGCAGCGAGAUCCCCGGCUAAACGAAAUUCUUUACCCACCUUUAAAACAAGAGCAAGUCCAAGUAUUGAUCGAGAAGUAUGAACCCAACCACAGUCUUGCCAGAAAAGGACAGAUAUCUGUGGAUGGAUUUAUGCGCUAUCUCAGUGGGGAAGAAAAUGGAGUCGUUUCACCUGAGAAACUGGAUUUGAAUGAAGACAUGUCUCAGCCUCUUUCUCACUAUUUCAUUAAUUCCUCGCACAACACCUACCUCACAGCUGGCCAGUUGGCUGGAAACUCCUCCGUAGAGAUGUAUCGCCAAGUGCUCCUGUCUGGUUGUCGUUGUGUGGAGCUGGACUGCUGGAAGGGACGGACUGCAGAAGAGGAACCCGUCAUCACCCACGGGUUCACCAUGACAACUGAAAUAUCCUUCAAGGAAGUGAUAGAAGCGAUCGCUGAGUGUGCAUUUAAGACUUCGCCUUUUCCAAUCCUCCUUUCCUUUGAGAACCACGUGGAUUCCCCAAAACAGCAAGCCAAGAUGGCGGAGUACUGCCGACUGAUAUUUGGGGACGCCCUUCUCAUGGAGCCACUGGAAAAAUACCCACUGGAAUCUGGAGUCCCUCUUCCAAGCCCUAUGGACUUGAUGUAUAAAAUCUUGGUGAAAAAUAAAAAGAAAUCACACAAGUCGUCAGAAGGAAGUGGCAAAAAGAAGCUGUCGGAACAAGCCUCCAACACUUACAGCGACUCGUCCAGCGUGUUCGAGCCCUCGUCUCCAGGAGCCGGGGAAGCUGAUACGGAAAGUGAUGACGAUGAUGACGACGAUGACUGUAAAAAGUCUUCCAUGGACGAGGGAACUGCUGGGAGCGAGGCCAUGGCCACAGAAGAGAUGUCUAACCUGGUGAACUAUAUCCAGCCAGUCAAGUUUGAGUCAUUUGAAAUUUCAAAAAAAAGAAACAGAAGUUUUGAAAUGUCUUCUUUCGUGGAAACCAAAGGACUCGAGCAGCUUACGAAGACUCCAGUGGAAUUUGUAGAAUACAACAAAAUGCAGCUUAGCAGAAUAUAUCCAAAAGGAACACGUGUGGAUUCAUCCAACUAUAUGCCUCAGCUUUUCUGGAAUGCGGGUUGUCAGAUGGUUGCACUUAACUUCCAAACAGUGGACUUGGCUAUGCAAAUAAAUAUGGGGAUAUAUGAAUACAAUGGGAAGAGUGGCUACAGAUUAAAGCCAGAGUUCAUGAGGAGACCUGACAAGCAUUUUGAUCCAUUUACUGAAGGCAUCGUAGAUGGGAUAGUGGCCAACACUUUAUCUGUUAAGAUAAUUUCAGGUCAGUUUCUUUCUGAUAAGAAAGUUGGGACCUACGUGGAAGUGGAUAUGUUUGGUUUGCCUGUGGACACAAGGAGGAAGGCCUUCAAGACCAAGACGUCACAAGGAAAUGCAGUAAAUCCUGUCUGGGAAGAAGAACCCAUUGUGUUCAAAAAGGUGGUACUUCCUUCUCUGGCCUGUUUAAGGGUAGCAGUUUAUGAAGAAGGAGGCAAAUUUAUUGGUCACCGGAUCUUGCCAGUGCAAGCAAUUCGACCAGGCUAUCACUACAUCAGUCUAAGGAAUGAAAGGAACCAACCUCUGAUGCUGCCAGCUGUUUUUGCCUACAUAGAGGUGAAAGACUAUGUGCCAGACACGUAUGCAGAUGUGAUUGAAGCUUUGUCAAACCCAAUCCGAUAUGUGAAUCUGAUGGAGCAGAGAGCUAAGCAACUAGCUGCGUUGACCCUGGAAGAUGAAGAAGAAAUAAAGAAAGAGGCUGAUCCUGGGGAAACACCAUCAGAAGCUCCAAGUGAAGCCAGGACAACUCCAGCAGAAAAUGGAGUGAAUCACACUACAUCGCUGGCACCCAAACCCCCCUCCCAGGCCCUCCACAGCCAGCCAGCCCCAGGUUCUGUAAAGGCACCUGCGAAAACAGAAGAUCUUAUUCAGAGUGUCCUAACAGAAGUGGAAGCGCAGACUAUUGAAGAUCUAAAGCAACAGAAAUCAUUUGUGAAACUGCAAAAGAAGCACUACAAAGAAAUGAAAGACCUGGUGAAGAGGCACCACAAGAAGACCACUGACCUUAUCAAAGAACACACUACAAAAUACAAUGAAAUUCAGAAUGAGUACUUGCGAAGGAGGGCAGCCUUGGAAAAGACUGCCAAAAAGGACAGUAAGAAAAAAUCGGAACCCAGCAGUCCUGAUCAUGGUUCAUCAACGAUUGAGCAAGACCUUGCUGCCCUAGAUGCUGAAAUGACCCAAAAGUUAAUAGACUUGAAGGACAAACAACAGCAGCAGCUGCUUAAUCUUCGGCAAGAACAAUAUUACAGUGAAAAAUACCAGAAGCGGGAACAUAUUAAACUGCUUAUUCAGAAGUUGAUGGGUGUGGCAGAAGAGUGUCAGAACAACCAGUUGAAGAAGCUCAAAGAGAUCUGUGAGAAAGAGAAGAAGGAAUUAAAGAAGAAAAUGGAUAAAAAGAGGCAAGAAAAGAUAACAGAAGCCAAAUCCAAAGACAAAAGCCAGAUGGAAGAGGAGAAGACGGAGAUGAUCCGGUCAUACAUCCAAGAGGUGGUGCAGUACAUCAAGAGGUUAGAAGAGGCACAAAGUAAACGGCAAGAAAAACUUGUAGAGAAACACAAGGAGAUACGUCAGCAGAUCCUGGAAGAAAAGCCCAAGGGGGACGGUUCCUCCUCAUUCUUGUCGGAAACUUGCCAUGAGGAUCCCUCUGUUUCCCCCAAGUUUACUCCCCCCAACCCUCAAGCUCUCAAGUGGUGACCACCGUCCUUCCAGCCAGUUCUCACCUUACAGUUUACUCAGAAGUGUGGCUUUGAGCCGUGCAAUGUGCUUCAGGACAGUGGAGAAUCUGCUACUGAAAUGUUUUUUAUCACCUCAUUUUGAUCUGAAGAGAUUAUAUGGACUCAGUACAAAGCAGGUUUUAUUCAUGGCCUUGACAGUGAAAUUGAUUUGGAGAUGACAACAGGACAAAUACGCAAGAGAAGAAAACAUAUAUUCUGAAUAUAUAUUUUUCAAUUGGUGCUAACUUGCACAUCAAAUUUUUUAAAAUAUCAGGAAAUGUACAAGAUCUACAGAGGUAAAAAAAACUAUGCGUAUUUGAACUUGGAGGAUGACAACGUUUUACUCAUUUCUGUUUCAUCAAGCUGGGAUAAAUCAUGGCUGUGUAGCAUCAUCUAGACAGAAAUUUUGAGAAACUUCUACACUAUAAAUAUACAGGAUCUCUGUAAGGCAUCAUUUCCAAGUUAGAACCUCCUGGCUUUUGGAAAAAUUUAUUUUAUAAAAAUUAAAGUUAGAUUUUUGACAACCCAAUAGCUUUUACUUUCCUGGUGGAAGAAAAAUUCAAUAUUUGGCCCAUAUUUAAAAAAAAAUUAGGGUGGUGGUAUCCAAACUUAUUUGAUUUCUCACCCUUAAAUAUUGAAUACUCACUUCUUAUAGGCAUAUUCAUUUAUUCAUUAUGCAUAUUAUUAUACUAACACAUCCAUUAUAAGGAAACCCUGGUGGCGUAGUGGCUAAGUGCUAUGGCUGCUAACCAAAGGGUCGGCAGUUCGAAUGCACCAGGUGCUCCUUGGAAACUCUAUGGGGCAGUUCUACUCUGUCCUAUAGGGUCGUUAUGAGUCGGAAUUGACUCGAUGGCAUUGGGUUUGGUUUUUGGGUUGGAUUCAUUAUAAAUGAAAGUAUUAUACUUUUAAAUUAUAAUGAAAUAAAGAUAAAAAUAAAACAGAAUGAGAUAAAAAAUGAAAUCAUGUUUAAUUUUGUUAAUGAUUCAACCUGUUUGCUCUCCGGAGCCCAGUUGGCACAGUGGUUAAGAGCUCAGCUGAUAACCAGAAGGUCAGCAGUUCAAAUCCAUCAGCCACUCCUUGGAAACCCUAUUGGGCAGUUCUAUUCUGUCCUGUAGGGCUGCUAUGAGUUGGAAUCAACUCAAGAGCAACAGGUUGUUUUAGGUUUUUCUUUGCUCUCCGAGUGAGAGCAAAUGGGUUUGAAUGGACUUCAUUACUUUAAAAAAUCUUGGUUUAACACUUUGAUACAGAAAUUCAAAGAUCUGGUUCUAAGGUCAGAUUUUUUUCAACACUUGGUUUUGAUGGCCAUCAUUGCUGGAAAAAAGAUUCGUCAGGUAGAAAUGGAAGAAGCAUGUCCUUUGCUAUAGUUAAUGCAUCAUUACACCCCUUUAUUCAAUCCCAUCCUCCAAUUAUAAAGGUUUGACUUUAUGAAGGAUGCUUAAUUUUUAAGUGCCCUGUUAAUUAUGGUGGCUUCGCACUUUCAUUAACAUGCUAUAUACUUAAGGUUUGUUGUUAACGUUGUUGUUGUUAGCAGCCAUCUAAUUGGCACCCAACUCAUGGCUAUCCCAUGCACAGCAGAACAAGACGGUGCCCAGUCAUGCACUAUCCCUAUGAUAGCUUGCAGAUCGGAUUCUUGUGAUCUAUAUGGUUUCACUGGUUGAUUUCCCUGGAAGUAGAUCACCAGGCCUUUCUUCGUAGUCCAUCUUAGUCUGGGAACUCUACUUAAACCUGUUCAGGGUCAUAUGAACAUGCAGUCUACCACUGACAGACAGGUAGUGACUGCACGGGAGGUAUAUUGGCCAGGAAUUGAACUCAGGUCUCCUGCAUGGAAGUCGAGAAUUCUACCACUGAACUACCAAGACUUGUUGUUAGCUACUAAGAAAAUAAAUCCAUAUUUCAAAUAGUCUUCCUGAUAAUAUUAAUUUUUUAACUGAUUAUAUCUGAUUGUUUUCACUUCAGAACAUAGGAAAAGGAGAAAUAUCAACUCUGUUGGUUCCUUUUGUUUACCACUUGCUGAUAUAGUCCAUCUCCAUUUUCUUUACACUGGUCUAGUCCAUUUGGGGAAUGUUUGUUUGGUUCAAAUAAAUAAGGUGGUCUGUAAAUCUACGUAACCUGGGUACAUUAAACUGCAUGUGUGGCAGCAAACCAACAGUGAAUGUAUAAACAAGGGUACCACCGUUGACCCCCUCAGAAAUAAGGGACCCUCCUAUUCCAUCAGAAAUCCUGGUGACAUAGUGGUUAAGAGCUGCAGCUGCUAACCCUAUGGUACCGUAAAACAAAAAACCAAGCCUGCUGCCAUCAAGUCAACUCCGACUCGUAACCACCCUGCAGGACAGAGAAGAACCGCUCCAUAGGGUUUCCAGGGUGUGGCUGGUGGAUUCAAACUGCUGACCCUUUGGUUAGCAAUGGAGCUCUUAACCACUACACCACUAGGGCUCCUCUGGUACCAUAGGGCACCCGUAAUGUUCUGACACACAAACUAAUAAGGCAUCAGUAGCAAACUUUAUAAGGAGCCCUGGUUGCACAGUGGUUAAAGUGAUCCACUGCUAACCUAAAGGUUGGUGGUUCAAAACCACCAGCCCAUCGGUGAUUCUGCAGAAGAAAGAUAUGGCAGUCUGCUUCCGUAGAGAUUUACAACCGUGGAAACCCUAUGGGGUUGCAAUGAGUUGGUUGCCUUGGUGUGUGUAGUAUCAAGCUUUAUAAUAGGUGUCAGUAAAGCUAUUUUAAAUUAAAGAAUAAAUACAAGUGAAAGUUCCAGUACUGUCUUCCCAUAUACCGGUGGAUCACCUCUCUAAGCGUCCUCUGAGAAUAUACCUCUUUGGAGAUCACAGGUUUAGGGUGCUAGAUCACUUUUUUCUUCCCAAGAAAACAGAUCCUGGGUUCUUUUGGUGACUUAGGGAACUUUGGUAUUUUGAGGCAGGAAAGAUAGGAGGUUUCCAUGUUGUAAACAUUCUCUCUUUUAAUAUUUCAAACUUGUCUGUUCUGUCAGCGUUUGCUUUAUAUAGUUUGAAAGUAUAAUUUCAUGUACAUAUAUAUUUCGUUAUGCCUUCCUAUUGAACUGAUCUUUUUAUCAUUAUGAAAUAUCCUUCUUUACCUCUAGUAAUUCUUCUUACCUUAAUGGCACACUAAAUUUAUUCCUAUUUAAAUUUAAAUAAAAGAUAAAUAAAAUAAAAAAUUCAGUUCCUCAGUUGAACUAGACACAUUUCAAAUGCUCAGUAGCCACAUAUGGCUAGUGGCUACCCUGUGGGAUAGCACAGAGAACAUUUCCAUCAUCGUAUUAGAGAGUUGUACUGGAUAGCCCUGCCUUAAAGCUACUUCAUCUGAUAUUAAAAUAACCACACCAAGUUUCUUUGGUUAAAAUUUGCAUGAAGAAUUGGACAAAUCCACAGUUGUAGAGAAAGAUUUUAACAUACCUCUCUCUGUGUUAUUAACAGAAUAAGCAGUCAAAAAGAAUCAGUAAAAAUACGGACGAUUUAAGUGACACAAUUAACCAACAUAAUCUAAUUCACACAUUUAAUAUAUUAUAGCCAACAACUAUACAAUGCAUAUUCUUUUAAGGACAUAAGAAAUUCACCAACAUAGGCUAUAUGCUAGAUCAUAAAGCAAGUCUCAAAACUUCAAAUUAUUGGAAUUGAUAGAGUAUGUUCUUUGACCAUAGUGAAAUUAAGUUAGAAAUUAAUAACAGAAAGAUUACUAGAAAAUUCCCCACAUCUUUGGAAUAUAAGCAACACUUCUAAGUAACCCAUUGAUUACAGAAGAAUCAAAGUAAAAACUAAAACAUAUUUUGAACUGAAUAAUCAUGAAAACACAGCAUAGCAAAACAUUUGGGAUGAAGCUUAUGCAGAAUUUAGAGGCAAAUGCAUAGCUUUAAAUGCAUAUAUUAGAAAAGAAGAAAGGAUGAAACUCAAUGCUCCAAGCAUCCAUUUCAAGAAACUAGAAAUGAAAUAGCAUAUCAAACUUAAAGAAAGUAGGUGGAAGGAAAUACUAAAAAUGAGAGCAGAGAUCAGUGAAGUGGAAGACAGACAAUAAUAGAGAAAAUCUGCUAAACUAAAAUUUUGGUUCAUUAAUCUGAGAAGAUUAACAAAAUUGAUAAACCCUCUGGAAGACUGAUUUCUCUCUAAUGAACCCAAUUGCAUUAGUUGACUAGAUAAAAAUUUUCUUUGAAAAUAUAAUUUGCUGAACUUCCAUUUAAGUCCAAUUCUCAUUCCACUAUGCCAAGCUUUUUAAAGCCUGCUUUUCAUCAGUUAAGUUCGAUGAUAAUGACAAGGAUGAAAAAAAAAAAGGAAAACUUCUGAGAAAAGGCAAAUCUGUGAAUGUGUUGAGAACAGGGGUACGGCCAUAAUUCCAACUUAAUAAUCAGCUCCCCAGUGAUGCUAAUGCCACUGGUCCAUGGGCAACACUUUGAGUAGGAAGAUUCACACUUAAAAGCCCAAACUAGUAGCUGAAACACCAAAUCAUGACAGUAGCAGUUUCACCUGACUUGUCUAGUGUUGCUCUGCACAGUGUGGAAUUUGUUGCUAACAUUUAAAAAAUGUGAAAUUUCAUGGUAACAUUUGAAACUUCUCUUGAAAACUUGGAAGAACUGACAAGAGCAGGUGUGCUUCCUGACAUAGGAACUUUCAGCUGUUGCUGAGGCGAGGCAAUCUGCUUUAGAAAGGACACAGUCUACCCUUUGCUGUAAUCCACACUUCCAUUACACUGAAACCUUCCCGUGAUCCAUCUCACUUGUUUAAUUUGACUUCAGAAGGCCUCGUGAUUUACUUCCAAAAAAGUCAGCAAGUGAAACCCUACGGAUCAAAAUGGUCUGAUCCCAUUGUACGUGGGGUCACCAUGAGUCGGGAUCCGACUCAACAGCCACUAACAACAAAAACAAUGUUUUUAGCCUGGAGUUCUCAAACUUGGCUAAAUUUUGGAAUCACCGGGAAAGCUUUGAGAACUACUGGUGCCUGGGUCCCACCUCCAAAGAUCCUGAUGUAAUUGAUUUGUAGAGAGGCACAUUGUUGUUGUUGUUAGGUGCCCUCUAGUCACUUCCAACUAAUAGUGACCCUAUAGGACAGAGUAGAACUGCCGCAUAGGAUUUCCAAGGAGCAGCUGGUGGAUUCGAACUUCUGUUUAAAUCAAUUUAGUGACAGUCCAGCAAGAUUCUCAGCCACCAUCCUCAGAGCUUCUGAUUCAAAACAUCAGGACCACCCAAUAUUUACAGGACCUGAGGCAGAAGGAAACCCCUAGCCCAUGGCUUCCCCUCUUCUCUUCCCAUACCCUACUCCAUCCUGUUCUUUCCUACCUCUUGGAGGAUCUUCUAUGCGUAGGAUAGGACUACCUCCUAUCUCUUAGUACACACGUCCAAAAUUUUUUCACACUUCCCCUUCAAAACGCCUACCCCUUGACCACACCAUGGAUUUAGGUGUUUGCAGAAUGACUGCAAGGUCUGCUCUCAAGAGGUGUGACUUCAGGAAAGAAGACUGUGAGGGUCUAGGAAGUGGGCUCGGGCCACUUAAGAAGGGAAUUCCAUGUCCUGGGUACCCCAGCAAGCCUUCUCAAUGAUUUAAAAGGUGCACAUGCGGCAAGUGGUCGUGAUGAAGAAAUUGUUGUGAACAGGAGUCGAUUCAGUCGUUUCAAACCGUGUCUCUAUAUGAGCAAGAAUCAUGGCCUUGUAGACUAGACCACUUGCCCCAUGGCGGGGCGGUGGCUCUAGGAGGGCCAGAAGGGAAAAAUGAGGGCCCAAGGAAGGGCCUCCUGUGCCCAGGUCUAAGGGUGUUCUCUUCGGAGAUCUGGGAUGGGGCCUGAAUGUCUUAUGCCAGAGGUCUCCCCUGGUGGUCCUGAGGCAGGUACACACGGGGAGAGACACAGCCCUGCAGGAGAAUCAGAGCUAAAGAAGAGCUUUUCCUCCUUCUCUCUUCUGCCUAACAGUUCUCAAUGAUAUUCAGAGCCUGGAGCUGCACUUGGAAUGUAAAUCCAGGAAUUUGUCAUGCUUUUGCAGAUAGAUCAUGUUUGGGGGCUUGGAAGCCAAGCACUUGAGAGUCUCCAAACUGUUUAUGCCAAGAGAGAACAGCUGCAGGCUUUGAGAUGAGAAGGGAGGUAUUUGAGGAUGCAGGAUCCUCGGUUUCUCUGUCCUCUUUCUGCUGCAUUGCUAUUGUCAUCUGAGAUAUUGGAAGUAAAAGAGCCCAAACAGUCAAAUGUGCCACAGAUUUCAAUUUACAGCUGCAUGACUUCCAGCGGAUUUUUUUUCCUUGAGCCCCAAAGAGAAGGCACUACGGCACUAAUGUUGGUCGUAGCCAGAGCAGACGGCUUGAGCCUCAGGACAAACCAAGAUGCUCAAAAAUACCCACAGGUACUAUAUUCUCUGCUUACAGAGCCAAAAACGUGGGCAGGCGUUUAGGAGGGCUGUAUGGGCGUCUGUAGUUGUACCAAUUUGUUGUUGUUGUCAGUUGCCAUCGAGUCAGCUUCAACUCAUGGCUACCCCUUGUGUAACAGAAUGAAACGAAGCCCAGUCUUGCACCGUCUUCGUGAUUGUUGGUACGCAGGCAGUCCCCAGAUGACCAAUGUCCACUUGUGCUUGCCCUUUAAUGUUAUGUAGAUUUGCCCUUGGUGUGAAAGGGCUGCACCAACUCCUGUUCACAACGAUCUCUUCAUCACAAUCACCUUCACUUGCUGCAUGUGCACCUUUUAAAUCAUUGAAAGGCCUUCAAGCUUUUUCCUGUUGCCAUGGGUUCUGACUCAUAGCGACUCUAUAGGACAGAGUAGAGCUCUCCCAUAGGGUAUCCAAGGAGCGGCUCGUGGAUUUGAACUGCUGACCUUAGCGACCCUAUAAAUAAGGCUAAAUAAGACCCAUUUGCACCUGUUACUAGCUUACAGAUUUGACUCAAAUGCACGGUUAAGAACAGAUCUCAUUCAUAACUCGAGGACUGCCCGUAUUUGAGUCCAUUGUUGAUUCUGAGUGACUUCCAACCUGUGGGGCUCAUCUUCCAGAACUAUAUCAGACAGUAUUCUGUUGAGAUCCACAGGAUUUUCAUUGGCUAAUUUUGGGGAGCAGAUCACCAGCCCUUUCUUACUAGUCUUAGUCUAGACAUUCUGCUGAAACCCGUCUACCAUGGGUCAUCCUGCUGGUAUUUGAAAUUCCGGUGGUAGAGCUUCCAGCAUCACGACAAUGCACAGGCUACCACGGUACUACAAACCAACAGACAAGUGGUGGUCCAGGAUGGAAGUGGAUUGCUUUUUGCAUAAUAACUCCAACACGAUAAAGAUUCCAAGGCUGUCAAGGCUCCCGUAGAAAGACUGCCACGAUUGUUUAGUCAAGUCUGGCAUGUUCACUGCAGCUGCUGCUACCCAUCGGAAGCCAUCAGCCCUAUGCUUCCACCUCCAUUUCCUUUUUUCCUUAUUUUUGUGCUUCGUCUCUGCCUCCUAAUUGUUCUGUGAUUUCAGCUACAUCUGGGUCACUAAGCAUCAUUUCUAAACUGCACUUACCGACACCUUCUCAUUAGGUUUUCUUCAAAAGAAAGGUUAAUCAUUUUUUCUCACCCCUAGUUGAAGAACUUGAGAAAACUGCCCCAUUACAAAGUAUUUCUCUUCACCAAUAGCAAACCAAGCCUCCAGGAUGGAGCCAAGGAAACCCAACUCCCUCCAACUCAGCAUGACUCUACUGCCAGCCAUGGGCUCUCCUGCUAAAAGUGCAAACAGCUAUUCUGCCCACUUUGUUUGGUUAUCUUAUUCCCACUGUGCUGGGACUGACAUCAAGCCCAAAUCCUUCUCACCACCUAUCUGUCUUAAGAAGUAAAGGCUAUCCACAUACAUACAGGACCCCAGUGACCACAUCUAGCAUUGUCAGGAUGGGUCUGUGGUCCUGGGCAAAUCACCUGUCCUCACCGUUCCCUUGUUCCCGGAAGCCAUAUCAGCAGAGGGUCUGUCAUAAACAAAGAGUAAACUGGGGGUAAAGAGGGAUUUUCUUUUUCUGAGACUGAUUUGCUGAUUAAGACUGAGAAGGAUCUUUUUAUAUCCUAAGACUGGCAAGUUGCUGGAAGUUGCCACAAGCCCCGAAAGCACUGUUUGCAGUCUGCUUUUCUCCACUCUUUCCCCUCUAUGUAAUGCGUAUUGGUGUCUUGGAAUAUUCACUGACCGUUUUUACCUCCACAACACUAGAUACUGUAGGCAAUGGAAGCACAGUCCAACAGAAUGAGUACAUCCCAACAGCCCUUGGCCAGCCCCAGAUGUCAUGGAAGUGGACUUUGCUUUUGUCACUGUCCCUGGGUAGUAGCCAGAAAUUAAAUUGUUUAACCACGCAUAUGACUAAUGGGGAGACAAGAAACAGGGAUCUAAGGUGAGGGCCACUGUUACGGAUUGAAUUGUGUCCCCCCAAAAUAUGUGUUGUAAAUCCUAACAUCUAUGCCUGUGAUUAUAAUCCCAUUUGGGCAUGGGUUGUCCUUGUUAUGUCAGUGAGGUAGGAUUAGUGUAGGGUGUAUCUUGAGCCAGUCUGUUUGGGAUAUAAGAGAGAACACGCAAGAAAGCUAGCAAGCAAAGAUGGGGGAAGGUAGAUGCCGAGCCAAAUGAAGAUCACCAAGGAGCCAUGGACCUUCCCCCAGAGCCAACAGAGAGAGAAAGCCUUCCCAAGAGCUGGUGCCAUAAAUUUAGACUUCUAACCUCCUAAACUGUGAAAAAAUAAAUUCCUGUUUGUUAAAAUCCACCCACUUGUGGUAUUUCUGUCAUAGCAGCAUUAGAUAACUAGUAAGUGGAAAUACCCCUAGUAACAACUACCGUGAGUUUAAAGAGAAUAUCAAAAUACAUACACAUAUUACAGCUUCUAAAAAAUGGCUUAUCUUGAAAAAAGAACAUGUAUCAAAGGAAUA